AUGCGCCUCUCGCAGAGUCUUGGAACCGGAUGCAUCUCCCGUGACAGACUUACCGCUCCCUUCGCUACUACACUCGAUGCGUCACCGAAGACGGAAACAAGCACAUCGUCCAAGAAAGUUGAGGGCGAACAGGAUUGCACCGAUCGACGGAGCAAAAGCCAUCGUGAGGAGCCCGGUUUGCAAGUCUUCCGUCCCGACAGCCGAAACGGGAACAGAUGCAAUGCUAUAAGCCACUGUGUCCAACAGUCUCGUCAAGUAAGCGGCCACAUCUCGUGUGUUGUGUUUCAUUUCGCUUUGUGCAGGAUCAAUGACACAGGCAGAGAGUGUCACCCCGCAGCGAUCAGCCACCGCCACCUUGAGAAGCAUGAUCUCAUUCCGAGAGCCGCGGCUUCCCCCCAAAUUGAAAUUCGUAAAUUGCUGCACAGUGUCGCGCAGCCAGAGGAGUUGAACCGGGUUGAGCUCAAUUCAUCCGUCACUUCCGACUUUUCCUGCACCCUACGCGUGGCUCCGACAUCCAAAAUCGGUUGUCACAGAAUGCAAGACCUCCUCGACCGCUUUGCAUACGGCGUGCCGCUCACGCUUUCGUGCAGCACAGCGUCGGCUAUCGUGAACUAG